GAGGGGUGGCUGGUGGCUGCCUGACUGCCCUCAUCCCUCCCGGGGAGGCCUGAACCGGCCAGGCCUGGGUGCGGCCCCCCUGCCCGGGACCUGGCCUCCCAGCCCCGCAGAGCCGCCUCCCAGCCUGCCCCUGGGGAGGGGCCACCUGGUGUCAAUUAAACCCCAGCCACUCGGCCGCACCACGCCAGGCUGCUGAUUAGUGCCGCUGGCCUCUCCAGAUGGGGAGCACUGCCUGAGAGGGGGCGGCUGCACCACGCCAGGGUGAGGCCUCCGGGAGCCGGAAACCCCAGAUCUGAUCUGCACCUAACGGGUCCACGAUGCCUCGAGAAUAGUCCACACUAGCGUGCGUCCCCUCUCAACACCUCCAGACAUGUCUCCUCCCCAGUCUGCCUGACCUGUGGCUUAGGGACACGUCCUGCCCUGACGUCUGCCUGCUCAACCAUCACUUCCUAGAGAACAGGGAGGAGGGCAGACGCAUGAAAUCAUGCCACCCCUAGCCGGACAGCAAUGAGUGGGUGACGCCGAGUUGACGUCAACACCAGAGAAAACCAAAGCCCGGGCGCUGCUCAUUCUCGAGACUCUGCACAGCGCCAGCAGCUCCAACCACCAGCUCCUUCUCUGGAUGCAGCCUGAAGCCUGGCUCCUCCUGGUGAAACCGUCUUGGCUUGACAUACUUUGAGGUCCUCAGAGCUCAGACGCCAGACACCAUGGAGAACCACGUGUUCAGUGUUCAGCAAAUCCAACCCAAUGUCAUCUCUGUCCGCCUCUUCAAGCGCAAAGUGGGGGGCCUGGGAUUCCUGGUGAAGGAGCGGGUGAGCAAGCCGCCUGUGAUCAUCUCUGACUUGAUACGAGGGGGUGCCGCAGAGCAGAGUGGCCUCAUCCAGGCCGGAGACAUCAUUCUAGCGGUCAACGGCCAGCCCUUGGUGGACCUGAGCUAUGACUGUGCCCUGGAGGUGCUCAGGGGCAUUGCCUCUGAGACCCACGUGGUCCUCAUUUUGAGGGGCCCUGAGGGCUUCACCACACACCUGGAGACCACAUUCACUGGGGAUGGGACCCCCAAGACCAUCCGAGUCACACGGCCCCUGGGUCCCCCCACCACCGCUGUAGAUCUGUCUCAUCAGCCAUCAGCCAGCAAAGAGCAGCCCCUGGCAGUGGACGGGGCUGUGGGUCCUGGUAAUGGGCCGCAGCAUACCCAAGGCAAUGGGCAGGAAGCCACCUCGCUCUCCCACACCAACGGUCUGGCUCCCAGGCCCCCACGCCAGGAUCCUGCCAAGAGAAGUGCUGGGGUGACCCUCCAGGGCAGUGGGGAGAAUAAUGAGCUGCUCAGAGAGAUAGAGCCUGUGCUGAACCUUCUCACCAGUGGGGGCAAGGGAAUCAAUGGAGGGGGACCUGCCAAGGUGGAAAGAAAAGAUGCAGAAGUCCAGGUGGACAGAGGUCUGGACGGAAUUCAGUCACAGAAACCACUGCCCCUCGGCGUGGAGAAUGACCGAGUCUUCAAUGACCUGUGGGGGAAGGGCAAUGUGCCUGUCGUCCUCAACAACCCAUAUUCAGAGAAGGAGCAGCCCCCUGCCUCGGGAAGACAGUCCCCCACAAAGAAUGGCAGCCCCUCCAAGUGCCCCCGCUUCCUCAAGGUCAAGAAUUGGGAGACGGAUGUGGUUCUUACUGACACCCUCCACCUUAAGAGCACAUUGGAAACGGGCUGCACUGAGCACAUCUGUAUGGGUUCCAUCAUGCACCCCUCUCAGCAAAUACGAAGGCCUGAAGACAUCCGCACAAAAGAGCAGCUCUUCCCUCUCGCCAAAGAGUUUAUCGAUCAGUACUAUUCGUCAAUUAAAAGAUUUGGCUCCAAAGCCCAUAUGGAGAGGCUGGAAGAGGUGAACAAAGAGAUUGAAAUCACCAGUACCUACCAGCUCAAAGACACCGAGCUCAUCUAUGGGGCCAAGCAUGCCUGGCGGAAUGCCUCCCGCUGUGUCGGCAGGAUCCAGUGGUCCAAGCUGCAGGUGUUCGAUGCCCGUGAUUGCACGACGGCUCAUGGGAUGUUCAACUACAUCUGCAACCACAUCAAGUAUGCCACCAACAAAGGGAACCUCAGGUCGGCCAUCACCAUAUUCCCCCAGAGGACUGAUGGUAAGCACGAUUUCCGAGUCUGGAACUCCCAGCUCAUCCGCUAUGCCGGCUACAAGCAGCCUGACGGCUCCAUCCUGGGGGACCCAGCCAGCGUGGAGUUCACAGAGAUCUGCACGCAGCAAGGCUGGAAACCCCCAAGAGGCCGCUUCGAUGUCCUGCCACUCCUGCUCCAGGCCAAUGGCAAUGACCCUGAGCUCUUCCAGAUUCCUCCAGAGCUGGUGUUAGAAGUGCCCAUCAGGCACCCCAAGUUUGAGUGGUUCAAGGACCUGGGCCUGAAGUGGUAUGGCCUCCCAGCCGUUUCCAGCAUGCUGCUGGAGAUUGGUGGCCUGGAGUUCAGCGCCUGUCCCUUCAGCGGCUGGUACAUGGGCACAGAGAUUGGUGUCCGCGACUACUGUGACAACUCUCGGUACAACAUCCUGGAGGAAGUGGCCAAGAAGAUGAACUUGGACACGAGGAAGACAUCGUCCCUGUGGAAGGACCAGGCCCUGGUGGAGAUCAACAUUGCAGUUCUCUACAGCUUCCAGAGUGACAAAGUGACCAUUGUCGACCACCAUUCUGCCACCGAGUCCUUCAUUAAGCACAUGGAGAAUGAGUACCGCUGCCGGGGGGGCUGCCCCGCGGACUGGGUGUGGAUCGUGCCCCCCAUGUCUGGGAGCAUCACCCCUGUCUUCCACCAGGAGAUGCUCAACUACCGGCUCACCCCUUCCUUCGAAUACCAGCCUGACCCUUGGAACACCCAUGUCUGGAAAGGCACCAAUGGGACCCCCACAAAGCGGCGAGCCAUCGGCUUCAAGAAGCUGGCAGAAGCCGUCAAGUUCUCAGCCAAGCUGAUGGGUCAGGCAAUGGCCAAGAGGGUCAAGGCGACCAUCCUUUAUGCCACAGAGACGGGCAAAUCACAGGCCUAUGCCAAAACCUUAUGUGAGAUCUUCAAACACGCCUUUGAUGCCAAGGUGAUGUCCAUGGAGGAAUAUGACAUUGUGCACCUGGAACACGAAACUCUGGUCCUGGUGGUUACCAGCACCUUCGGCAAUGGAGACCCCCCUGAGAAUGGAGAGAAAUUCGGCUGUGCUUUGAUGGAAAUGAGGCACCCCAACUCUGUGCACGAGGAGAGGAAGUACCCGGAACCCUUGCGUUUCUUUCCCCGUAAAGGGCCUUCCAUCCUCAAAGGUGACACAGAGGUCCGUGGUCUGGCUGCAGCCCGUGACAGCCAGCACAGGAGCUACAAGGUCCGAUUCAAUAGUGUUUCCUCCUAUUCUGAGUCCCGCAAGUCAUCGGGUGACGGGCCAGACCUCAGAGACAACUUUGAGAGUGCCGGGCCCCUGGCGAACGUGAGGUUCUCUGUGUUUGGCCUUGGCUCCCGGGCGUACCCUCACUUCUGUGCCUUUGGACAUGCCGUGGACACCCUCCUGGAAGAGUUAGGAGGGGAGAGGAUCCUGAAAAUGAGGGAGGGAGACGAGCUCUGUGGGCAGGAAGAAGCUUUCAGGACCUGGGCAAAGAAAGUCUUUAAGGCAGCCUGUGAUGUGUUCUGCGUGGGAGAUGACGUCAACAUUGAGAAGGCAAACAACUCCCUCAUCAGCAAUGACCGCAGCUGGAAGAGGAACAAGUUCCGCCUCACCUAUGUGGCCGAAGCUCCAGAGCUUGCACAAGGUCUAUCCCAUGUCCACAAAAAGCGGGUCUCAGCCGCUCGACUCCUCAGCCGUCAAAACCUUCAGAGUCCUAAAUCCAGCCGAUCAACCAUCUUCGUGCGUCUCCACACCAACGGUUACCAGGAGCUGCAGUACCUGCCUGGGGACCACCUGGGCGUGUUCCCCGGCAACCACGAGGACCUCGUGAAUGCCCUGAUCGAGCGGCUGGAGGAUGCACCGCCUGUCAACCAGCUGGUAAAGGUGGAGCUGCUGGAGGAGCGGAACACAGCUUUGGGAGUUAUCAGCAACUGGACGGAGGAACACCGCCUCCCGCCCUGCACCAUCUUCCAGGCCUUCAAGUACUACCUGGACAUCACCACGCCGCCAACGCCGCUGCAGCUGCAGCAGUUUGCCUCCCUGGCCACCAGUGAGAAGGAGAAGCAACGGCUGCUGGUCCUCAGCAAGGGUCUGCAGGAGUACGAGGAAUGGAAAUGGGGCAAGAACCCCACCAUUGUGGAGGCUCUGGAAGAGUUCCCAUCCAUCCAGAUGCCCACCACCCUGCUCCUGACCCAGCUGUCACUGCUGCAGCCUCGCUACUAUUCCAUCAGCUCCUCCCCAGACAUGUACCCCGAUGAGGUGCACCUCACCGUGGCCAUCGUCUCCUACCACACCCGAGACGGAGAAGGACCAAUUCACCACGGCGUGUGCUCCUCCUGGCUCAACCGGAUACAGGCAGAUGAAGUGGUCCCCUGCUUUGUGAGAGGAGCACCCAGCUUCCACCUGCCCCGAAAUCCCCAAGUACCCUGCAUCCUGGUUGGCCCGGGCACCGGCAUUGCCCCUUUCCGAAGCUUCUGGCAGCAGCGGCAAUUUGAUAUCCAGCACAAAGGAAUGAGCCCCUGCCCCAUGAUCCUGGUCUUCGGGUGCCGGCAGUCCAAGAUAGACCACAUCUACAGGGAGGAGACCCUACAGGCCAAGAACAAAGGGGUCUUCAGAGAGCUGUACACGGCCUACUCCCGGGAGCCAGACAGACCAAAGAAGUAUGUGCAGGACAUCCUGCAAGAGCAGCUGGCAGAACCCGUGUACCGAGCCCUGAAGGAGCAAGGGGGCCACAUUUACGUCUGCGGAGACGUCACCAUGGCUGCCGAUGUCCUCAAAGCCAUCCAGCGCAUCAUGACCCAGCAGGGGAAGCUCUCGGUGGAGGAUGCUGGCGUGUUCAUCAGCAGGCUGAGGGAUGACAACCGAUACCAUGAGGAUAUUUUCGGGGUCACCCUGCGAACAUACGAAGUGACCAACCGCCUUAGAUCUGAAUCCAUUGCCUUCAUCGAGGACAGCAAAAAAGCCACUGAUGAGGUUUUCAGUUCCUAACUGGAUCCUCUUACCCAGGCGGAUGGCGGGGGGGACAUCGUACGCGCUUGCCCUCCGGUGGGGGCGGCUGCGGUUUUGUAAGCGUGGACACUGCUGACCCUUCCUGCGGGCCCCCACGUGGCCCCACCACCCUUCUCCUCCCAUCGCCGCCGUGUCCUGGUUUUCCCCUCCUGGGUUCCCGCCCCUCAGUGGUUUCUCUUGGGUUUUCUCCUUGAGUCUUCCCGCUGCAGUGCGAUGCCUUUAUAAUCCACAGUGGCUCUUCCAAAUCUGUUUCCCCCUUUCUCUCUCCCUGACAAGGGCAAACCACCAGGGCGGGAAACUGGAACGUGGUUGUUGCUCGUGUC